AUGAACUCUUCACUGGCUGGACAAGCAACGGUAAACUCGGAUGAGUACAACCAGAUCUGGCACAAUUGCUGGAACGACAAGCGCACGCCUUGGGACAAGGGCGAUAUCUCCCCGGCCCUGCGCGAACUGAUUCAAGACAAGAAGUGGCAGCUGCCAUCCGGCCAGGGCCUGGUGCCCGGGUGCGGCCGUGGCUAUGACGCCAUGUUCCUAGCCUCGCCGCAGCUGCACAUGACUGGCGCCGACCUUGACGCAACCGCUGUGGCCACGGCCGACAAGCUGCGCGAGGAGAAAGGAAUUUCAAAGGACCUGGCGGAUUUCCAAGUCAUUGAUUUUUUCAAAUUCACCCCACCCGCCGACAAGUACCAGGUUGCGUAUGACUACACGUUCUUCUGUGCUAUCCAUCCGUUAUGUCUUCUGGGCGGUGAGCUGAUCGUGCUCAUGUACCCGAUUUCCAAGGACGAUAAUCCGAAUGGCGGACCUCCGUUCAUUGCCACCGAAGACGACUACCACAAGGUGCUUGACGCUAACUUUGACUUGGUGCAUGUUGACCCACAGUGCAAGACUCACGACGACCGCGUCGGCAAGGAAAUCAUUUCAGUCUGGCGCCGCAAGUAG